ACGUUUUUACAAAUUCAAUGUCCUAAUUACCAAACCUACCAAUUACAUUUGCCCAUUACCUUGGCUAAUGAAUCAAUAAAUACCCCAACAAGAUAGUUCAUAAAGCAUUCAUAUGUUCCUUCAUCAAACCACCAUGAAAUUGAGUUGCAAUGGUUGUCGUGUUCUUCGUAAAGGUUGCACUGAAGAUUGCAUCAUCAAGCCUUGUCUUGAGUGGAUUAGUUCUCCUGAAUCUCAAGGAAACGCCACCCUCUUCCUUGCCAAAUUCUUUGGCCGAACUGGCUUGCUCAACCUUCUUGCCAAUGCUUCCAAUCAAAAUGCCUCAGCUGUUUUUAGAUCACUGUUGUACGAGGCUUCAGGUAGAUUGAUAAAUCCAACUUAUGGAGCACUAGGUUUAUUUUGGACAGGAGAAUGGAGCCGAUGUGAAGCUGCUGUUGAAGCUGUGCUGAGUGGAUCAGACAUUAACAAAGUCAUAGUUGUUGAUGAAAAUAUAUCAUCAACUACACCCAUGACUGAAAAUCAUGUCCUUCCAGUUCCAACAACCUAUGAUAUACGCCACGUGGCAAAAGGCUCCAAUGUGGACAUCAAAGAAAAAACACAAUUCAAGAAAAUUGGACAAGUUUUCAAAACAAAGCCACGAGUUGAUUCUGUCAAUUCAGAAACACUUUUGAAAUCCUUUUUAGAAAAUACCAAUGCUAAAACUAUAGAGGCUUCCUCGAUGAAUCAUAUUGAGCUGAAUGAAACCGUUGAGACUCACGUGAACUUAGAGCUCAGUCUCGGCUUCAAUGGCAAACCAAAUCAAUCAAAAGAAAAAAAUUGAUUUUAUUUCAUUGAAAUUUAGUUUUUUUUCUAUACAAAUGUAAUUUGAAUUUUAUAUAGGAGGUACUUUUUAAUUAGAGAGCAAAACAAUUAUCUAUAG